AUUAUAACUUUCGCGAGACAUACUGAAUUAAUUAUUAUGUUAUCGGCUUUCUCACGUAACGGUUUGACGAGGAACUCGAUUAGUUUCAAGCCAUGCUAGAGGCUCAUUUGCAUGCUACUGGCGACAACGACGACGCUAGUAGCAGCGCGACAAUAGCUGCGUCGUGUGUCGCGGAAUGCUGCUCGUUCCUAAACGGAAUCAUGGAGAGUUGGGAUGCGGUGGUGACGUCCUACCCUGAACAUCCAGCGCCCAUCCAUUACGCGAAGGCCGUCCGGACAGCUAGCAUCAUCAUCGCUGACGAUCUAGCGCCGUUUGAGACAGAAUGGCUGACAAAGACGUUGCUUUUUAAACCGGUACAUCUAUUUGAGACAAUCAAAUCGAAGGAGAAACGAAAGAACGAGGAAUGGGUGAAAUACAUUGCGGAUUCAUUUAAAUUAUUGUCGAAAUUGGUCGAAUGUUACUGGGAUGCCCUUGAAAAUUAUAGUCAAGAGCUCGUCGAGCUGUGUUCUCUCUCAUUUGACGCACAAACGCGUAAAGAGGCUAUCCUGUGUCUACUGAAAGUUCUGAAACGGCCUUCAGUGGUUCUCACUGACGAAUUCGUUGAAAACGUCAUCAGUGCCUUUACAUCUGCCAAGGACUGUAAGGCUCCACUCGCUGAAUUGAUUGGUGCUCUUUGCAAGUACUUUCCUGAAAUGGUCACCACUGAAAACCGCUACGAGGUAAUUUGGAAGAAAUACCUUGGAACAUUAAAAACAGAUAAAGGUUUAACAAACGCACUCCUGGUUUCUCUACUGAGAGGUGUCGAUGAUUUGCUCACGACCUUCGGUGAACAUUUGGACAUUGAGGAACUGGAGAGUUUUUAUAGAGAUGCGAGUGUGAGUGCGCAAAAGAAAUAUACACUCAAGGCCUUUGAAGUGUUAAUAUCGAUUUUGAAACAUCACGCUGGCCUGUUUCAAAGGGUAUUGGUAGGAGAUACGGCGAUACGCAACUAUUUGUGGACAGUUGACAAAAUGUAUGCGAUGGAAGCUUUGAUUAAAAUUUAUCAAGUUAUUCUUCCUCUCAUGGAUGAUAACAACGCCAGGGAUGUAAUAUCAUCUGAAAUAAAGCCCAGGAUUGCUACAGGGUCUGUUUUGGUGAAACAUACGGCUUUGAAGGUUAUGAUGCAGGCCACAGCUGGGCAGCCUGGUGAGGAGAUGGUGCUGAGCAGUGGCAUAGACUUGGAAUACCAGCUCAGGACCAAAAGAGUGGACUAUGAUGAGGCUGCCACUAUAGCGUGGUGCAUAGAAUCGAAUUUGGCAAACAGUGGGAACAUGUUGCUGACUGCUAUAAUGUUUUACGACAAUUUACCGACUAACAGGAAGAGGGAUAUUGUGGUUAACGGUAUCUUCAAGGCCAGUGAUGAUGUUAGAAAGGCGGCACUAGUACUGCUCCUAAACCUCAGUGUUCAGGAAGGCCUGGAUAAGUACAUCGAUGUCUGGAGGCGUAUCCUGGACAACAGCACAGGCCCUGACCUGGGUAAAGCCGUGAUGAUAUUUAAGGAGAUCGUCCAUCACAUACUGCGAGACCUGGCCACUACAAUCGGUAAUGAAGAAAAGUCUUACACGGAUGUGAAACCAAUCCUGUCGGUCCUGGGAGUGAUACUGAGCUUACAGCAGACUGAGCAUAGUACUCCGAAGUGGUGCCACUCCAUCAUACCUUCGCUCGUUCAUCUCGCCAUGUUCUACAGGCAGGAGCCUGUGGAGAUGAUCCAGCAUACUGCUGAUGAUGAGAUGCCGUAUGAAGAAGUAUUUAAAGACGGCACAGUGUACAAGACACUGCUCACAAUAAUGACUACAGACAGACAAGCAGUUUGUGAUGGUACUCUCUCCUCGUUUCAUGGAAUAUUUUCUCAAGAAGGCGUUGAUUAUAAAGUACUGACCAAAAUAUUAGCGAACCUAACAGCGGUUAUUGAAGAAAAUUCUAGCAGUUUGGAUCGACGACAACUUUCAUUGGUAAUAAAUCAAAUCGAGCGACUGAAGUAUAAGAUAGUACUAGAUAGUAAAGACGCGAGAACAUUUCAGAAAGAUGUCAUCAUAUUCUUGGCAAAAUACGGCCAAAUGUGUCUGCAAGGAAGUUUCUCCGAAGAUAUUUACACUUUAAAACUAAAGGAUAAGGUCUAUUUUGACAUACCAAACAUUUUGCAAGGUUUUACUUUGAAGAUUGAUCUUCAAAGGAUUCUGCAGCUGUGCCUGUCGCGCGGCGAGACCGAUGCGUUAUACUGCUUGCUUCUUAUACUAACCGCUAGUUUACGCGACCGCCCCGACCCUGGUUUACAAGAAGCCACUAUACGAGUGAUACAUGAAAUCUUCAGGACCACUUCGGGGAAGAGCGAGACGGAUAUAGAUGUGUAUCCCGCUCUAUUUAUGUGUAACACUACCGCCUGUGUUCAGAGUAUUAUAAAGGGCAUCACUGAAGAACUAAAUCCACAGGUACGUAGGAAGCUGUCAGAGCACCUCCAGGUCGUGAUCACCCAAGAUCCUGGCUCCGAGGCCGCGGGGGAACUCCUCAACGUUGUGGCUGAACAUACUUCCUUCAUCAUCGCCAGAGAUAAAGAACCAAUUUCUCUGCCCGAUUUGGACAUAUUAAGAGCAUUCUUACAAUCGAUUCUAGACAAUAACGCCUUAAUAACCGAAUAUCUACCAAAAAUUAUAAUUUACACGUCAACUAAACGGGAUGCGACGGACAUGUUUGAAAAGGCAUCAGAUUUAAUCGUAGAAAAAAUCGACCUAUUUACCGAAGAUCAAAUUUUGGAACUAAUCAAAAAACUUAUAGAGAGUUAUUCAUUAAAUCUUUUAAAUACAGAAUUGAUAAUAAAAAAUGUAGUGAACUUCAUAAAAAGGGUAUUUGAAAUUAAAGAAAUCGUUUCGAAAAACAUUAUUGACAUUUCCUUGUCAAUGUUGCCAGCGUUGACGGUUAUUUCGCCGCAGUUUUCGCAUCUGGUAACAUUGUUAGUGUAUUUGAAUCGGACGUUUGAAUUCGAUAACGGUCUUCGGAGGAUGCUAGUUGAGUUUGAAAAUUGGAAGAUUUUAGAACAAUUAUCUAUGAUGGAGAUUUUUGAAGAGAACAAUGUGAAUGCUGGGUUCCUGUUUUUGUGUGAAUUCGCUGAUCAGUUGUUGGAAUUCAGUACUGAGAAAACAUACAAGUGCCUGGGCCUUUUGAUCCAAAAUGUAUCGCCACAGUUUACAAUUACACUGAAAAACAACAUAACAAAAUGCCUUUCUGUAUACCAAAGAAAACAAGCUUUGAUCCCAAUAAAAGAGAAUAUCCAAAAUUGGUUCACAAAAAAUUAUAACAUCGAUGAAUUGACAAGCUUAAUCAAAAAAUGGUUUAAAGGCGUCAACCCAGAAGAAUUGAUUGACGAUAUAGAAAAAAGAGAAUCGUUCGCAAACUUCACAAAAGAUGUUUCGGUAAAAAUACACGCUUUAAAAAUUUUUACUGAAUAUUUUGAGUUCGAAUUCGAUUCGAAAAAAUUAACUUUAAUUUCUAUCGAAAACAUACACGCUAAGGAUGAAUUGUCGAAAAUCUUUUUGACCGAUUUGCUGUCGGUUUGCGAGAAGAAAUUGUCUGCCGAAGAUUUUUCGUUAUUGUUAGGAAUGGAAAAUGAUUUUUUGAAAGAAUAUGUUGGGGUUUACUUCAAGAGGGUAGUUAGCAAGCCAUAUGUGGUUAGAGAGGACCAAUGCCACAUAUUAAUUGAUGCCAUGAACUAUUUCGCUACCGCCUUCGACAAAAAUUGCUACCAAGAUGUACUAGAUUUUAUUAAUUAUUUAUGGCCCGCAUUACAAAACUCAAGUAACUUUGAAGGCAAACUGUCAGUAUUAACGAAUGUCCUAAGUUUGCCCGAAACAGUGGACUUGGCUUGUCCACCGGUGGCCUGGGCUGAAACGCUGCUGAGUGCUGAAGAGUCAAGCCUUGAAGAUAAGAUCAAAAUACUCAGCGCUUUACCAGCGGGACAACAGUUCAGCUCCUUAUAUCGUUCGUUCGCGUCGAACCUACCGGUCCGGGUGUCUGAGAUGCAAGCCAAUGAGAAAUUCGUACCAGCAUUCAGAGCCCUGCUCGACUCCCUAGCGAUAAACGGGGACAAGACACUACUUGACAUCGUCCUCACUCUAGCUAAAGGUGACGAAACAAAGGGCUGGUGGGACCAUGCAUUCGCUGCUUGUAUGAAAUCUUUAGCUGCCAAGGAAGACAUAGAAAUAUUUAACAUGGUUUAUAAAACAGCUGUUGGGCGAACUAUGAAUUUUUCUAAUAGAAUUCUAUUACCGUUGCUCAGGCAUACAUCUCGAAAAUUCUUAGAAAACUUUCUUUGUACGAUAAUCAAUGAUUUACUAUCCACACUGAAAACUGUCGUGAAGGGGUCCAGUCAAUCAGAAGACUAUAAAAGGCGUCUCAUCCAAUAUGCGAUCACUUUUAACAUAUUGAAAAUCGCCUUUGAUAAGUUAUCAUCAGCCCAAUUAGAAAAGGGUGUGUUGAACGAGCGAGCCGGUUCUCCAAAGCCGUGGCAUUUCCUUCAAACAGUAUGCUGUUAUUGCAUGGCUGUUCGUGAUGCGGUUAAGCAAAGCGAGAAUCCGAGCGAAGCUAGCGACGAACUCAAGAGUACAUAUCUUUGGUUCCAUACAUCUUACUACAACUGUCUCAGUGCAGCCCUCUGCCGGCGACAGCUUACCAAAAAGUUUUCUGCUAAACUAUUCGAUGUCCACGCGUGGGAUGAUUUGGUGGACAAACAAGCUGUUUAUCCUUUCCAUUUGAAGUCUUAUGUGAGGUCUAGAGACAGUGUUAGACCAGCGAGACGUGCCCUGGACUCGCUGGCCACAACAUCGUCAUUCACGGGAACGCUCCGCAGUGCAAUAUUCCUGAACACACUCUCCGACAACCCCUUGUACUACGACCUGAUACCCAACGAGGAAGAACAGGACGAAGAAGAUGAUGCGCCAUUAGAAUUUGAGGACAGUAUACUGAACGCACACGGCUGCCUAUCCACCAUGACAUAUCUGCUUGAACAUGUCAGCAGAUUGGAGUAUCACGAAUGGAGGGAGUCUGUAGUCUCUGCGCUCUCUGAUGGUGAUGUUCACAUUAAUGUAAAAUGGAUGAUUGCACAGGCAAUAUGUAAUGCGUCUGAGGAACUCAAGCCGCACGCUACCGCCCUCUGCCCAGCGCUGUUUGAACUAAUAGCUUACACGGCACGAUCUACCAACGACAGUGAACAUCGCGUGUUAAACAACCUACACAUUGACAUACUAACAACUAUAAUAAAAUGGGACUUGAAAGACCUAGUCCCCCCUCCAAACGUGACCAAAUGUGCCCACUACCUAAUAUAUACUUGUUUAGAAAACCAAAGUCAGUACUACAUACAUAAGCGAUUGUUAGACACGUUAAAUGGGCUAUUGAAACUAUAUGGCCAACAUAUUCGUGUGGAUUGGAACUUAUUUCAAGACUGUUCACAGGAUCUACAAAAAUCUCCGAUACUACCAAUUUUGGAAAGACUACUCAAAAAUGGAGUGUUAUACGGUGUAUCGGACCUGCUUAGUGCCAUAUUCGCGUUAGACGCAAAAGAUUGGUUAAACAAUGGUACCAAAUUAUACGAAGUGGUUGGUCUAGCACUUUCUAGAGAAAGAAAUUCAGCGUUCACUGAGAAUCUGGAUAAAUUUUGGAGAAUUCUGGCUUCUGUGAGACGUAACGGCAAUGUCGGGAGCUAUGUCAAGAUGUUGUAUUAUGCACAGAAAUCUUGCCCGCAGUGCUGUGAUGCUGAUAAUUUGAGAAUAAUAACAGGCAUUGCGGCGUCAAAGAUUGAGAAGGCGAAAUGUCUUGCCAUCAUAUCUACGUACUUGGAACACUUGUCCGUCGAUAAUUUCGCACAUAUAACGGACUUGAUUGGUUUAAAAGAACUCUUUGACAGUGAAUUUAGAGUUGAAGCGAUGAAAAUAGCCAGAAAUGGCCUCAAAUGCGCGGAUUCGCGUUUGAAAAGUGAAAUUUUGAAUGGUUUGGAGCAUAAUUGCCAAAGUUCGUCGGUCCCUGUGCGAAAAGAGGCUUUCAAUGUGUUUUUGAAAGCUUUCCAGGACCUGGUCAAACCUGAAGCUACGGAGGCCGAAGCGCCCGCAGCUAAGCGCAUAGCACUAGACAAUAGUCCUAUACUAAGCAUCAUAGACUCUGCUAACUCCCUGGAUAGAGAGGUCGUGAAGAUGGUGUCCGAUGGAAUGUUUGACCGCGACCUGGUGGUGGCCAGGGAGGUCUGUGAUGGGGUCCAGGAGUGCUUGUCUGAAGAUUUGGAAAUGAGAUUUGCAGAACUAUUCUACAUUAUAGUCUACCAGCGUAGUUUAACUGAGAAUAAUUCGCAUUUCUCUACGUACGGGUCUAAACUGAUCGAGAUUUUAUUCAGUGGCCUAAGACAAAAGGACACGUUCAAACAACUCAAGUUGAGCAAUAAAGGAUUGUCACCAAGCAUCCACACUGGGUUUGGAAACAGUGCUGUCCCACAAACUAUGAGUAUAGGAACGGUACUGAGGUCCGGUCUGACAUACAGAAGCAGGCAUAAAGCCCCUGAAAAGCGACAGAUUGACUUAGAAAUGCCUAUUACGGAUAUUAUAGAAGUCUUCAUAAAAGUAUCCAAGAUAAAUUCACAAAUAUGUCAAGAGCUAUGUGUACAAAUAAUGAAGUGUUUGGCACAAACGGGUGGCAGUAGGUUCGAUUUAGGGUCGGUCAUGGCGAAGUAUUUGUCUGACAUCAUUAAGAAACCUUUCUGCCUUACUCCCCUAGUAUUGGAGGCUUGCAGAAUAUUUAUAAACGAUAUCAGCAUUGGAAGGUUUUUAGAUUCGGUUAAGUGUUUGAAACAAUCUGUACAUAAUAGUGAAGGAUACUUAUAUACGAAUGUACUGUUCGAAGAUCUACUCACAAGGUGUGGUGAUGAAAGUUUGAUCACAUUUGGGUAA